AUGGAGGAGCGGGAGAGGGGGGCGAGGUCGGCUCGCGCCGGGAGCCCCGCGCGCCCUCCCAGCCCGCGGCUGGAUGUCAGCUCUGACAGCUUCGACCCCUUGCUGGCUCUGUACGCGCCCCGCCUGCCUCCCAUCCCCUACCCCAACGCCCCCUGCUUCAACAACGUGGCCGAGUACGAGAGCUUCCUGAGGACCGGUUGCCGGAGCGGCGGGCGCGGGCGGGCGCGGGGCGCGGUCGCGGGCUCGGGGGGCUCUGCCGCCGCCGCCGGGCCCUCGGGCAGGGCCCGCCGCCGCCCGGACGCUCCUGCCCCGGACCUCGAGCGCAUCCAACGCCUCCGCCGUCUCAUGGUGGCCAAGGAGGAAGGGGAUGGGGCCGCCGGGGCGCGCUGGCGGGGUCCCGGGCGGAGGAGGAAGGCGCCGCGCAACGUGCUCACGCGAAUGCCCUUGCACGAAGGCAGCCCUCUGGGUGAACUCCAUCGUUGUAUCCGAGAGGGGGUAAAGGUGAAUGUUCACAUCCGCACUUUCAAGGGACUUCGGGGCGUCUGUACAGGCUUCCUCGUUGCAUUUGACAAGUUCUGGAAUAUGGCACUUACUGAUGUUGAUGAGACCUACCGAAAACCUGUUCUAGGCAAGGCGUAUGAACGGGAUUCUUCAUUGACUCUCACUAGGCUAUUUGAUCGGCUGAAACUUCAAGAUUCCGCCAAGAAGGAAGCAGAUUCUAAGUCUGCAGUUGAAGACUCCACUCUGUCCAGAUACUCCCAGACAUCUACUUGGAAGGUGGCUUCAGUGUGGGGAAGAGGAGACACUGACAGGGGUUCACGCAGGCGUUCCCGUUCCGUCCCUUCUUCCCUGCAGGCAUCCGCAAGGGAGGAAUCCAGGUCAGAGAUGUCAGGGAGGACUACACGGACAGAAGGGUCCAGUGCAGGAGGUACCUUUUCCAGGGCUACCACCCUUUCUAGGGGCCAGUCCCGUAAGAAAAAGCGAAAGCCGAAAGUUGAUUACCAGCAGGUAUUCACUAGACACAUAAAUCAGAUUUUCAUUCGAGGUGAGAAUGUCCUGCUGGUUCAUCUUGCACAGUGACCAGCUCAGCCUCAAUUAAGCUUUGGUUUUUAGAAGUAAAGUGCAUGAAUUGCUGCUCUGCUGUAUCUUAGUAUCUCAGUGAAACUCUGAGUUGGAAUGAUUCCCUCUGGUCCUGCAUAUGCAGAGGACAGAGCAGGCUCGGUCCUCUGGAAGUUGAGCUCAAGGGGAGGACAGGUCUUGGGAGGGUAGUUGUUUGCAUUAAUGUUAAGGCAAAAGCCAUACAUAGGUACCUGCAUCUGAUGUGGUAUUAUGGUCUACUUCAGACUCUCAAACCAAAUAUGAGUAUAAGAUCUUCCAUUUGACUUAAGGGUCACACAGUAUGAAUGGAAUUCGCUACUUAGAGAAUAUAGAAAGAAAUUGUCUCAGAAAGAAUUAUCUCAUUUCUAAAAGCUAGUGCCCUGAGUACUCAUGAAUUUGAUUCUAAGAAUAGCAGUGUGAAUUGCCCUGGAGCCCUGCACCUCCAUGCUGUUACUGACCUUUGUAUUUUGCUCUGCACUAUUCUUUCUUGAUCAAGAAAUGAAAUUAUUAUCUUUGAAUAUCUAUACGAUUAAGGAACAUUACCAACUUACGUAUGGGCAAACUUUGGAUAGGUGGUAUGCUCAAAGCAGCUAGCAAUGAAUGCUCUAUUUUGAUCCUCUCCUUAUUAUGGAAAGGAGUACAGGACCUCAUCAGUCUUCCCUUACCAGCGGUAGCCUCUGCAAAUGGCAUACCAGAUGGGACUAUAAGAUGCUUGUGUGGUGGCUUCUUGUCCUUCUCUCUGACUUCUGUGGCAUGGUGCUAGUGCAUGUACCUGUGGUAUUGCUCCUCUGUAUGUAGUGUGAAUUGUCCUGUGAGCUUUAUGGCAGGAGACUGUGACCUUCAUGUCUGGCUUCAAAGAGUUCUGGGGAAACUCAGUAAUACACACACAUCACACAGCUGAGAGUCCCCUUUCCAGACAGGGCUGGCCUUGUGGAGAGUAUCUUUCAGAAUGGUUUUGUCAUGAAACACAGGUGUUAGUUUUGUUCCCUUGUGUCAGGCCAAAAAUGUUCUUAAAAAGUACAGUGGGUAGUGUCUCAAGGGACACUUUACUCACAGCCUGACUUGAGUAACAGGCACACCAUAGCACCCACAAAUGCUUCUACUUGAAUCAUAUUAUAUGCUUUUCUCUAUCAUCAGUGCAGAAUAGGCUGCAUCUUGACACAGACUGUUAGGCAAUAUUGCCUCUUUUGUUUUGUUAGUUUAUGUUUGGUUUUAUCUUGGAUAACUUGUAUUCAAAGUGAAAAUAAGAAAUAACUAGCUAGUUAAAAUGUAUGAAAAGAAAAAUUUUUCCUGCUCUAUUUGUUGUGUAACUUAGAUAAGCUUUCUGUGAAGCAGGGUGACUAAAGUUUGGGGAGCCGGGACACCUAGUCCUUCUGCUAGCUGGACUACUGGUUUAUCAUACAGUGAAAAGUGAGAGGACUUCCCCUCUGUGCCUCAGUUUUUUCCCAUUAGACACCUACCUCAUAGGGGCAUUGAGACAAAGAAUUUUAGAAAGGCAUUUUACAGUCUCUAAACAUGUUUAAGUGCCAUGAGUAAUUUUUCCUAACUCUAUUUCAUUGCUUUGUAAGAACUCUAUGUCUUAUGAGCAAGGCAGGUGCUACAUAAGAAAGUAAUCUUCAUAGGUGUAAUAAUUAUGAUCUUGUCGUAACUCGCAUCAGAAGGCAGUGAUAUCUUCAGAAAUUAUUUUCCGUAUUCCAUUUCUUCUUCCCAAGGGAAAAUGGAAGUUCUCUGAAGAGUAACAUUUUUUUGCUGCUCCCCCCACAUCCCAGCCCCCCCUUUCUGAUCAUUAUCAGAAAAGAUUCCCUUGAACUUUUCAAGGGGUUUAUAUGAUAGUACCAAAGGGAGAAUGAGCAUCUAAAAAUGACACAUCCCCAAAGGGGAAUUUGUGCAAGUUUUUUGUUUUUAUUUGUUUUUAUUUUUAAAUGCAUUUUAAGGUAUACUCUAGAGCCAGAUCAGAUGCAUUUAAGUUUAUAGUGGUUCUAGGUUACAAACUCAGGUGAACAAUUAUCUUUGGAAUCUGCCAGUCUAAAUUCUCUUCUAAGUAGUGUGUCCAAAAUCUCAGUUACCAAAUUAAUAGUUGUCUUGUUUAAUCAUCAGGUGAUGCUCUUUAUCAGUUUUCCUGGUGUGGCUAUCCUCAUCCGUCUACCCUCUUGUCCCUCAGCUAGAAGCUGUAGUGGAUACUGUAUUUUCCCAGUAAUGUAGAAAUUUGGAAUCAAAGGAAUAUAAUUGAUUUCUUUUCAUUUCAGUGGCUGAUUAAAUCUAACCUGAUUUAUUUUAAACACAUUCUUCUUCAUGUUUAGAUAUAAUAUUCAUAUAUCUAUACAAGGGUUGAUUUUCUGUUUUCUGCCCAACAUGAAAAUUCUGGCUAUGAACAUUAUUUUUAAACUGUGUGAUCUAUCGUAUGUGCUAUAUGUUCCCAUUGACUUGUUUGGUUAGGACAGGGAUUCUGGAAUGAAUCAUAUCUAGUGAAUAUGCUGUUUUGUACAAAGCAUGAUAAUUACUUUUUGGAGAAGUCAAUUUUUAAAAAUCAUUGCCUUUAUUAUUGGAGAAAUUUUUCAAAAGGAAGAAAAAAUAGAUCCUAAUAAUAUAUGUGCUGCUCAAAAACUAAUCAUCUAGGACAUUAUAAUAAAUUGCUAUGGAAAUAACUGAAGUCUUCAGAAGAAGGAAAGAGAAGGGGAACGUAAUGGUGGAGUUCGGGAAGCCCCCCACCAACCCACCUGAGAAGGGCCCUACACAGCUGAAGUGCAACAAAACUGGUUUCUAGUAUUCUCCAAGGAUGGGCGUGGGAAACUUGGUAAGAAUAGUACUUAUUUUUGAACAUUCAACUUUGGUUCUUCUGCGUAAUCUCUAGAUACGGGAAUAUGUUUUCAAGAUAAUUCACAGGACGUAUAUAUGCACAUGGUGAGUUCUUCUCAGGAGUAGCCAGCUUUGUUAGAUAGUAGCAAGUGAUUAAAAAAAUGGAAGAUACGGUUUUGUGCCCAGAACAAUUUCAUGUGCCAUUCUUUAUACAUAGAGAUGAUUCUUCUGCUCUACCAGUGAAAGUUCUACUAAUGGUAGAACUUAUUUGAUCUAGUAUUUGGGAAGCAUUUAUGCUUCCUUUCAGGUAUCAUCUUAUGACCAGAGGUAGGCUGUUUGUGAGAAUGUUAGCCAGAGUUAGUAGUGGCUGAAGCAGGUGACUUUAGACCAAUUGGUACCUUGCUGUCUGUGCAUGGUGCAUGUCAAGUUAGAAAGCUUGGAAACCAUUAGCAUUGAGAUCUGUGUAUAUAGACAUCGUCAUGAAUUGUUAUGGAUAAGGAGAAGCUCUAUCCUCAUGGUGAAAGAGUCCAGGAGCACCUUUAGAGAUUGUUAGAUCAGGAGCUAUGAGCUGCCCUUAAUUCUCAGAAGCCUUAUAGAAAUCUAGGUGUACCACUUCUAACCCUUGAGAAGAAAGAAAUAGAAAUCUAACUUGAUGGAAAAUGGAUAUUUAUAUUUCUCUUUGCAUUAUUUCUGUAGCAGCUGACAUGGGCAAAAUCAUGAAAUAGAAUCAGCUCUAUAAAUUGCUUUUUUAAAUUUUCUCUAAAUUUUGUUUGUAGGAAAAAAUUAAAAUUAUUCAGAGACAGCUAGCUGUCAUUGAUGCUUCCUCAAAGCUUUCCAGUCUUAUAUGUAUUUUUUAUGAAUGAAAUUGUUACUGUGAGAAGGUCAAAGUUCAUGUAAGAGAAAAGUAUCGUGGUAUAAAUAUGAUGGUUUCGCAGCUGUUUCAAUUUUUCUUUCUCUGUGCCAGAUAUAGAAUGCAGUUGGCCCCUUUUCAGUAACUUGUGUUCACCAUUCUGUGUUUUUCUUCUCCCAGAAGGCUUUACUUAGUGGUUGUAAAGCAAGAAAAUCUUAUUUGGGCCUGUGUUGCGAAGGUGGGUGGUCUGUUGUUAUUUUCUGGCAAAUUGAGUUGAUGGAUUUAAGAUAAGCCUUUGGGGUUCCUGUCAGUUUUCUGGGCUCUGAGGAAGGUUUGGGCUUCCUUUACUCUCAGUGUGAGUAUUUUUCAAAUGUUUGUAAGUUCUCUUGCACUUCUCUAAUAAAAAUGAAAGCUCUCUGUCAAGAAAUGGCUUUGGAUGGUUCGAAGAUCUAGAGAAGAAAAAUAAGUACACCUGAGACCUUCAGUUGGCCUUUUAUUUAUUUAGAAUAAAAAGUAGUUUAAUAAGCUACCAGAGUUGGUGCUUCUUUAAAAACACUCUCUGAAAAGAUGGGAACUGUCCCUUAGGAAAGCUAUAAAAGCUAUUCCCAACACAUGGCAAUUGCUUUCGAUUUUUAGUCCUUUGGAGCAAAUGUCUGAUGUUAUAUUUUUAGAGCGGUGAAAAAACAAAGUUAGAAAAUUUUAAGGGAUAUUAUUUAAAAAAUGAUUAUCUGGCUGAAUUAUGUGUGAGUUAGGUUCUAGAGCAGCUGUCCACUUCUUUUUCUGUUGUCCUGACAGUAAAGCAGUAAGCUAUGUCUUGAAAAGUGACUUGCUUAUUCCAUACUGACAUCUAAAGACAUCAGACUUCUAUUUGGCAACCCUGGGGAUACCCUCUGCACCAUGACUUAUUAAUGUUUUUUUAGACAAGGUUGUACCUGGAAGACUCUAUGUAUCUAUAGUUUUACUAUUCAUAUACCAGCUGCUAAAAGAAAAACCAUGACUUGUAAUCUUGUCUUUAAAUUACUCCUAAUUGUUGUUAACCGAAACCCUUCCUAUUUAGGGAGGAUUGCUGCUAGUAACAUCAGUUUGCAAUGUUCUGCUUUAGAUGUGUGUCACAUGGGAGUGUGGAAACUAAUAAAUAUGAUUGUAUUAUUGGCCUGGC